GGGGUUUGUGAGGAGGUUGGGGGAUUUGGUUGAUGAGUGGGGAGUUGAAGAGGGAGGUUGGGUUUGGAGGGAGUGUGAGGCGGUUUGGAGGCAGGUUAUUUGGGUUGAAGGGGAGUUUUGGCCGGAGUGCUGAUUUAGGAAGUGAGAAAUAGCCUCUGUGCACUACCUCUGCUCCAAAUCCUGCGACAACAUCUUUUCAUCAUCCCGAACACGACAGGACACCCAGCCAUUCUUCGACGAUGAUGCCUCUUUUGCGGAGCAUGCCAAACACUCUUCGCACUGAGCUGUGUGCUGCACAAGCGAAUAUUGCAGACUUGACCGACUUCGUGAUUUCCUGUGGCGAACGCGAAUGGCGUGUGCACAAGUUCCUACUGCGCCUACACAAUGGACCUUUGGCUGCGGCAUGUCAGGGUGAUUGGAAGGAAGCGCAACAGGUACCUUUACCGCUUUGACUACGAAGUUCCCGCAACUGAAUCUGACCGCGAGCUGAGCUUGCACACACAAGUUCUUAUCGCUGCGGAUAAAUACAAGCUCCACGAUCUUGCAGAGCUUGCAGAGACCAAAUUUGGAGAGAGUAUCAGAUUUAUCGAGGAACCGCACGAUGAUUUGGCUGAUGCUCUUGCUAUCGCAUACGGCGCACCAGACACGACCACCACUAUCCAGGAAGCUAUCUUUAAGCACACUGUCGGCACCGAAGACUUCUUCACAGACAAGAAAUAUAAGGGUUCUAGGUUCACCGAGGUCGUAUUCGGCAACCCGGCCAUCGCUCGCGACUUCAUGGAAGCAGCCAUGCGUCGAAAUGAGUUGCAAGGAGUGAUCGCUGCGAGAGACGGUGAGGAACGGUUCCAGUGCGAAACUUGUGGAGGGACUUUCAUUCUCGACACCAGUUAUCUGGAACGCAACAAAGAUAAGGAGCAGAGUAUGGUGUGCCCUGAUGGCUACUGCGAAAGCGAGGCCCGCAGGGUUUGGGAUUGGGAAUCGGUCGACUAUGCGUAUUAG